AGAUACCCCGGAUAAAGACGUGAAUGAUGAUGAUUUCUUCUGGGUAUCUGGGAAUUUUGAGGACCAACAAGUCCAGAUUCCUGGCCACAGAAUAAAUUGGAAUAAGGGUGUAGCCGGUAGAGUUACCUCGGCUUCAUUGCAUGCUUUUCUUAUACUUUGGUUUUCACUUACUGAACCGAACUAACUGUUGUCUUCCUUCAUGUAGAUUUGAACUUUCUCAAGUUCCAAUACAGCUACCCCGACUUGAAUGUUCUUCGCGCCGCGCUGCGAUAUCCAAACCGGAGUUGGACUGAGUUACUGAAUUUUGAGCCAACCUACCGAUACAGUGGUAAACGAAAGACCAAGGUAACUGACUUCUUGUUGGAAGUCUCUCCUGAACCAGACCCAUCCUUGCCUCAAAUCAAUCUCAUCCCACUAACCGCCGAACAAGAAAUGGCCAAGAAACGAGCUGUGAGGGCCCUCCUGACCGAAACAAACCAACCCGAGGUACCACCAGCCGGUCAGACUCAAGAGACCGUGGUGGCCCGUCCAUCCCAUCAACCCUCAUCAUCUCGUCCAAACAAGCGUGCUCGGACUUCCACGACUGAGCCACGCCUUGUUGAUGAAGAAGAUACCAUCCUUCCGCUAAGCCCUCCACUGAGCCCACAACCGGAGCGCUCUGACCGAGCUAGCUCUUCCAAGUGGGCUCCAAAGAUCACUUUUCAGAACCGUGCUAUCACGGAUUCUGACUUAGUGGUCGCAGAAAAAGACCGUCUGAUGGCAUUCAACUUGGCUAAAGGUGUUUGCCUUCCAGCCGACAUGAGGCACCACGACCACCUAACCGAGCUGAAGGCCCUUCGCUCAUCCACAAAAUCAAUGGUGCUGGCCAUACAGAAAAACCACAUCGCUCACAAGCGAGUGUUGGAACUUCAAAAAACUACUAGGCAAGCCAUGGUCGAGGCAAAUGAAAAGGCGGCCGAGCUGAAAGCGUCCCAACAGAAGGUGGCCGAGCUAGAGACCGAGGUAGCUCGGCUCACUGGGCUAGUUACCUCGGUUGAUGCUGAUAAACAGAAGGCCCUUGCCGUGAUGAAAGAUAAAUACUUGCGCGAGCUGGCCAAGCUUGAAGGAAAAAAGAGUGCCGAAAUAACAAAGCUUGAGAAGAAGCUAGAGGACGCGGAAGACCGCGGUUUUAAAGAGGGCGAAGCCCUGUACAUCAAGCAGCGUGAAGCUGCGAAGGACUUGUUCUUCAAAUGCGGGUGGAGGGCGGCCGUGGUACAGCUCGGUCAGGGUUCAGAGACCGAGGUCUUCAAUCCUCCUCCAUACUUUGUACCGAGCGCUAUGGCGGAGUACGCUGCUGACAUUCAGCAAAAAUUUCUGGAAGGGGAUGAAGAUGAAGCUGUAGAAGACAACACUCAGCCCGGUCGCUAGUCUACCUCCCCAACUCCAGAGGUCUCCAUCCCGCCUUUGCCUGCUGAUGCGGAUCUUUCAACUGAUCUUAACUAAGAGGUGCCUGCCACAACCAAGCUACCCCUGGGUGAAGACCGCGUUGUUCUUGAUACUGAUUUAAAUGACCUUUUUGCUUAAUCUCUGUAAUUUUUUAUUUUUGCGGUUGGAAAGAAAAAACUGUAACCGGGCUGAGGUCCUUCUUUUGUACUUUUUUUGAAUUUUCAAUGAAAGCUUCUGUUGGUUUCAA